AGCAGACCAAAUCUGAUUCAAAAAUUAACUGUUAUUCUUCCUGGGAGAUAGAUUUUCAUGUCAACAAAUAAAUCAAUUUAUAGGCUAAUAUCCAGUUUAAUUAAAAAUGUCUCAAGAAGAGCUGUACAAAGCUAUAAAUCCAGUCAAAUUCUUAAAGAAACACUUAGAUAAAAGCAUAAGACCGGACGGAAGAGAUUUAUAUGAGUUUCGAUCGACUAUAAUCAACAAGAAUUCAAUAAAGAAGACGGAAGGAUCAGCAUUAGUGAAGAUUGGUAAUACGACAGUAAUUUGUGGAAUUAAAGCAGAACUAGCUGAACCUGAUAAUAUAGAUCCAAACAUCGGAUAUAUAGUUCCAAAUAUUGAAUUAAAUAAGCUAUGCUCACCAAAAUAUCGUGCAGUUGGGGUAUCUAAUGAUUCUCAAGUCCUCAGUCAAACACUCUUUAACAUAUUCGUCAGUUCCGAAUGUCUGGAUCCUAAUGAUUUAUGCAUAGCAAAAGGACGACUUGUUUGGAUCUUAUACUGUGACUUAAUAUGCCUUGAUGACAGUGGAUCUGUACUGGAUGUUGCUGUUCUAGCUUUAAGCAGUGCAUUAAAGACUGUCAGAUUACCAAAAGUUGAAUACGACUUGGAUACAAAAAUAAUUAAAGCUGAUGACAAAAUCAGAAAUCCAUUGAAUCUUAAAUGUAUGCCUGUUGCCAGUACCUUUAUGAGCUUUGAGGAUCAUUUAACAGCAGACCCAACAGACGAUGAGGAACAAAUAGCUGAUUCUUUAAUUACAAUAUCGACAUGUGAUGGAAAGUUUAAUUAUAUUCAUCAGCCUGGUGGAAAUUUCCUUGAUCCAGCAAAGUUUGAUGAUCUUGUUAAACAUGCAAUAAUUAAUAAGCAGUUAAUACAAUGGUAUCCAGGACAUAUGGCAAAAGGCGCAAAACAAAUGCAGCAGAAACUUAAAGGUGUUGAUUGCAUUAUUGAAGUCCAUGAUGCAAGAAUACCGAUGUCUGGAAGAAAUAAUGACUUACACUACUCGUUACUAACAGCCAAACCUAGUAUUUUAGUGCUUAAUAAGAAGGAUUUCGUGCCAGAGGAGCUUAAAUCCAAAAUUAUGGAUACUUUAAAGGUACAAAGGAACAUCCCAUCACAGCCAACAUUCUUCACAAAUUGUAAAGAUCAAAGAUGUACUGGAAUUAAGAAAAUCAUCCCUAAAGCUAUUCAAAUGAUACAAGAAUCAAAUAGAUUUAAUCGACAAACUGUAAAGGAGCAUUCAAUAAUGAUUAUGGGAGUUCCGAAUGUAGGAAAAUCCUCACUAAUUAAUGUUCUCAGAAAUAGGCAUUUAAAUAAGAAGGCAGCAUCAAGAGUAGGCGCUGUAGCUGGCAUUACUAGAAGUGUUUUAACGAAGAUUAAAAUCUGUGAAGAUCCAUUAAUUUAUUUAUUAGACACGCCUGGAAUUCUUAUGCCUAAUAUUAAGAACAUAGAAACAGGCAUGAAAUUAGCACUUUGUUCAUGCUUCCAAGAUCAUUUAGUUGGAGAAGAAAAUAUUGCUGAUUAUCUACUUUAUUGGCUUAAUAAGAAUCAAAAUUUUAGUUAUUUGGAAACAAUGGGACUUGAGGAACCGACAGAUGAUAUUACUUAUGCCUUACUGUCAUGUGCUCGGAAGUAUGACAAGAAAAUAGCAUUAAAGAAUUACAGUGACAAUGUUGUUGAGGAAAGACCUAAUUUACUGGCUGCUGCUAAUCAUUUUAUUAGAGCAUUUAGAACUGGUGAAUUUGGGAAGGUAUUACUGGACAAUAAUUACUUGUUAAAUGAACAAUAAAAGAGCAAGAUAUAGUAGAAUUGAAAGUAUGGAGAAAUAUAACAUUUUAACGGAAUUUUGAAAUGUUCAAAACCAUGCAAUAGUUUUG